UAGAAGAGGGACAGGACACAGGGCAGCUCCGCGAGCCCAGACACCAAGAUGCUUCAAACUGGGAGCCUCGUCGUCUUCUGUGGGCUGUUGGCCCAGGCCACAGCCCUGCCAGGAAACCUGCCCCUGGCCCUGAACCUGGACCAAAAUCCGCCCUGGGCGGGGGCCCCAGGCCUGACCCCGGCCCAGAAUCCCACAGAUCUUGCCGGAAGCUUGAUAAGUGCUCUCAGCAAUGGUCUGCUCUCUGGGGGUCUGUUGGAAAUCCUUAGAGACCUUCCACUCCUGGACAUCCUGAAAACUGAAGGACACAAUUCCAAUGGCCUGCUGGGGGGCCUGGUGGAGACAGUGAAUACAUUGAUCCCUUCCUUGAAGAACAUUAUUGACAUAGAGAUCAUCAACCCCCAACUGCUGGAACUUGGCCUCACCCAGAGCCCUGACCGCCACCGUCUCUAUGUGACCUUACCUCUGAAAAUGGUGCUCAGUGUGAAAGCGCCUCUGGUUGAAAAUCUGUUGCAGCUGGCUGUGAAGCUGAACCUCACUGUCGAGGUCGCGGCUGUGACAGAUGAGCAGGGGAAGACCCACCUGGCACUCGGUGACUGCACUCACUCUCCUGGCAGCCUGGAAAUCUCCCUGCUGACUGGGCUUCCCUCUCUCCCCAUUCAAAACUUUGUUGACACCAUCAAUGAGGUCUUGACCAAUGUCCUUCCUAACCUGGUGCAGGAAAUGGUGUGCCCUCUGGUCAAUAACAUUAUUAAGCAAUUGGACCUCACCUUGGUACAUUCCAUCAUCAGCAUGCUGACCCACGGGCUGGAGUUAGUCAUCAAGGUCUAAGGCCUCGGGAAGAGCACCAGCACCUGCUGAGCCGAACCAUUUCCUGCUGCUCAGACCAUUCUCUGCUGGCGUCCCAAGG